AUGGAAAUAGAAGUACACUUUAAGAAUGUAUUGGAUACUUUCCCUAGACUUUUAAAAGAAGCCCUGAGCAUUAAUGGUAGUCUUUCCUCAAGGAAAGGUUCAGAAGCAGAAACGGUCCUAAAUUUAAUUUUGAAUUCCAAUAUUAGAUUUGAUUCUUUGGAAUUGUCAAACUUUCGGGGUCCAAUUGUACCACCAGUUGCCACAAACAUUAAAUUAUCGAGCACUAUUUUGAAUAGCUAUAAUAUUUCUGGCAUGAAAAAGUUGGACAUAAAAAUGGAUUUUAGUGAUGAUGAAACCCAUGAGUACACUUUUUCUUCUGAUUUGGAAGAUUUAACAAUUGAUGCAAAUUUUUCGAUGCAAGUGACGUUACCUCCGAAUUUGCGGAAACUAUGUGUCAGAGCAGGGUGGGAUUCGGUAGAUUUCAUAUCGCAAGAGAUGGUUUAUUUAGAGCAUUUACAACUUAAAUUGCCGAGUAUUGAAUCUUUUGAAGACAUAGGAAUAAUUGCACCAAAUUUGAAAACGUUAGUGUUGACUGAUUGUGAAGAGUUAUCUAAUUACGACAACUUAAAGCAAUUUCAACAUUUAAAGCAUUUAGUUUUGACACAUUGUGAAUAUCCUUUUAGUUUGUUAAGGAAAGGAACUUUUCUGGAGUUAGAAAGCUUCGAAUAUACAGCAGGUGAGGAUGUACACCCAGACGAUUUCACCGACGAACUAUUAACCUUUCCCGCAAAUUUGAAGAAAUUAACAAUACAUUGCUGCGAUUUUGUGAAUUUAGAUUUGGAAAAUCUAAUACUUCCUUCUACAUUGACACAAUUAGAACUUCAUCAUCUAAUCUUCGAUGACGGUUACUUUUAUUUAAGUGAAAAUUUGCAACAUGUUCACAUUGAAGCAACAAAGCUUACAUUCGACAGCAGUUUCAGAAUUCCUCCCAUGGCAGAACAAAUCAAAUUACUGGCUACUUGUGUAACUUUUGAAAGUUGGGAUUUCAUGUAUCAUUUGCCAAAUAGUCUUACUAGCUUGCACUUGGCUACUAUCGACAAGGAAAAUCCAAUACAUAUAAAUCAAAGGAUCAAAUGGCCCUUGAUGUUAGGUAGUUUUACAUUAAAGGGGUUUGAUAUAAAUUGUAAUGCAUUAGAAUUAUUGAAUAUGAAAGAAUCUAGACUUGAAGUAAUAAAUAUUUCCGAGUGCAACAUAGAGACAUUAAAUAUUGAUCUAUUUCCAAUUAGUGUGAAAAAUUUAACUUUAAUGCAAAUAGGAAUUCGUGAAUUGCCUGCUUCGUUUGAAAAGUUAAAGAACUUGAGGGAGUUAUCGCUCAUGAGAACUCGAUUAAAAAAAGUAAACCCUGUCAAAUUACCAAUAUCAUCAUUAAAGGUGUUGGACUUGUGUCAGUGUGACCUCCGUUUGUUAUCGCCAUUUUUGAUCUCAAUGCUUGAGGAAAAGAAUAAGAACGCAAAACUAUUAGUAGACGCCACAGGAAACUGGAAUUUGAAUAUUACUGAUGUGAAAAGUGCAUUGAAAGCAAUUAGAGGACUUUCAUUACAUCUCAAUAAGCCCAAUAGCACCUUAUCAGAAUUAUUUCAAUAUUUCUCUCGUGUGGAUUGCAUGUUUAAUGUCAUUGAUCCUUAUUUUGAAGAACCCGAAGCGGAAGAGGUGGCGGUUUCUAAUUAUGAUUCAAAAGACUUUUACGAGGGAAGCUUGAUUGGUUUGAAUGGGGAAGAUAAUGACGAUUGUCAUAAAAGAAGAAGGAUGCAAUGA